AUGCGGUUCCGCGAUGGAAUGUGGCUGGUCGACCCCUCCAAGUCGCUUCAAUAUGCCGAGGAUAUCUACUCUAUCAACGCUUCGCCUGACAACCGCUCGCUGAAUCUGCUCUGUCCGACCCGCCACAUCUUCUCGCGCGGCAACACCCUGAACCUCAGCACCCUGCACAUCAACCUCGAGUCGCACUUCGACGGUGUAAUCUCUCUGGAAGUCCAACACUGGCUUGGUGCCAGGAAAGGUACGCCUGACUUCGAGUUGUUUCCAGAUGGCGAGGGGCGCAAACUCAGUGAGGAGCGCAUUGGCAUCUCGAAGUCCGAGAGAGGAACUACACUGAAGUCGGGCGCAUUGAGCGUAACGGUCAGUCCAGACCAGCACGAUUUCUCGAUCCGCUUUCACUCUUCGGACGACUACGACCGGGAAAUCACCAGUCUACUCAACCGGAGCGUUGGCCUGGCGUACGACCCGCCGAUCAGCAAUGGGAAGCAGGUUGAGGAUCUCGUGCAAGGUCAGUCCGGAAGCAGGAAGCACUACAUCUUCACGCAGACUGAGCUUGACAUCGGCGAGUCUGUCCACGGACUCGGUGAACGCUUCGGGCCAUUCAACCGCCUGGGUCAGCAUGUCGAGAUCUGGAACGAGGAUGGCGGCACCAGCUCGGACCAGGCGUACAAGAAUGUCAGCUUUUGGAUGAGCUCCAAGGGCUACGGCGUCUUUAUCGACACUCCGGAAAAAGUCGACCUGGAGAUAGGUAGUGAGAGAUGUUGCCGAGUGCAGACCAGUGUCGAGGGCCAGCGGCUCAAAUGGUAUAUUAUCUACGGUCCAUCGCCCAAGGAGGUCUUGACAAAAUACUCAGUCUUGACUGGCCGCGCACCCAUGGUCCCCGCAUGGUCCUUUGGCCUGUGGUUGACGACAUCCUUCACAACAAACUACGACGAGGCGACCGUGACCGACUUCCUCCAGCAGAUGUCAGAUCGUUCGAUUCCUGUCGAGGUCUUCCAUUAUGACUCCUUCUGGAUGCGCGCAUUCCACUGGUGUGAUUUUGUCUUCUCCCCUGAUCACUUCCCGGACCCCAAGGGAUCCAUCGCGCGUAUCAAGCACGCGGGUCUGACCAACAAGGUCUGUGUUUGGAUCAACCCGUACCUAGGACAGGCCUCUCCAGUGUUUCUGGAGGCUGCCGAAAAGGGCUAUCUUCUCAAGCGCACCAACGGUGAUGUCUGGCAGUGGGACCUCUGGCAGACCGGCAUGGGGCUCGUUGACUUCACCAACCCGGAGGCCGUCAGGUGGUAUGAAGGCUGUCUGGAGCGGUUGUUUGACGUGGGCAUUGAUUCUAUCAAGACUGAUUUUGGCGAGCGCAUACCGACGAAGGGCGUCAAGUGGCAUGAUGAGGGUGUCGACCCAGCGCGCAUGCAUAAUUACUACGCUUUUAUCUAUAACAAAAUCGUAUACAAUGCCCUGACGCGGAGGUACGGGGAUGGACAGGCCGUCCUGUUCGCCCGCAGCGCAUGUGCCGGUGUACAGCGCUUCCCCUUGUGUUGGGGGGGCGACUGCGAAUCUACCCCCGCGGCUCUCGCCGAGUCCGUACGUGGAGGUCUCUCAAUCGGCCUGUCGAGCUUCAGCUUCUGGUCCUGCGACAUUGGCGGGUUCGAGGGUACGCCGCCACCCUGGAUCUACAAGCGGUGGGUGGGAUUCGGGCUGCUGUGCUCCCACUCGCGCCUGCACGGGUCUGACUCGUAUCGUGUUCCCUGGCUCAUUGACAAUGACGAUGCAGGGCCGCAGGGCUCGACGGCGGUGUUGCGUACAUUCGUCCGACUUAAACGGCGCCUUAUGCCCUACCUGUAUACACAGGCCGUGCACAGCACGCGCAUGGGCUGGCCGCUCAGCCUGCGCGCCACAGCACUUGAAUUCCCGCAUGAUCCGACCGCGUGGGCUGCGUGUGACCGGCAGUUCUUUGUCGGCGAAAAUCUGCUCGUCGCGCCCGUCUUCACCGAACACGGUGAGGUCGAGUUCUACCUGCCAGAAGGUCAGUGGACUAGCCUGUGGGACGAGAAGAAAGUAGUCUCUGGGCCAGGGUGGCGCCGUGAAAAGCAUGGUUUCGGCACGCUUCCCAUAUACGUGCGCGAGGGGGCGGUGAUAGUAAUGGGCAAGGAGGAAGGGGAGGGAGGGUUCGCGUAUGACUGGUGCGAAGCGCCUGAGGUCAGGCUGUACCAGACGAAACAGGGCGACUGCGCGACAGUUGUGGACGCCUCGGGGAAAGAGGUUGGCACGUUGACUGUGCAGGACGAUGGCUCCCUGAAGGGGUUGGAUUGUUUCAGGGGUGAUGUGACGGUCAGGAGAAUUGAAUGA